AUGGAACACAGCGGAUUUUCAAAGCUUGGCCUGGUUACCCGCUUUGUCAUCUGUCUACUUGUACUGCAAUCCGUGUGUGCCGAGGUGAGCUAUUCUAUCCCGGAGGAGAUGAAACCAGGAACGGUCAUCGGAAAUGUUGCCAAGGAUCUUGGUCUGGAUAUAGCCACCCUGUCAAGUCGUAAGGCCCGCAUUGAUUCCGAAGGCAGUAACGAACGAUAUUGUGUUAUCAGCUUAAAAAGCGGGGAUCUAAGUGUUGCCGAGCGGCUUGACAGAGAGAGUCUUUGCGGCACUAAACCAUCGUGUAUUUUAGUGCUGGAGCUUAUACUGGAGAAUCCGCUAGAAUUACAUCGUAUAAAUCUACACGUUCAAGAUAUAAAUGACAAUUCUCCUCAAUUCAGAAGAGAGUUGAUUAAAAUGGAAAUCAGGGAGUCUGCUGAAAAGGGUACUCGUUUCUUAAUGGAGGAAGCACAUGACCCGGAUAUCGGUCAAAACUCUGUCCAGAGGUACAGCUUACAAAAAAAUGCACAUUUUAUUCUAAUGAUUGAUGCCAACAAAGUUGAACUUGUUCUAGAGAAUAAACUCGAUAGAGAGACACAACAACACAUUGAGUUGUCUUUAACAGCUUUAGAUGGUGGCUCUCCUCAGAGAUCAGGUACUGUGAUGAUACACGUCACUGUGCUGGAUGCUAAUGAUAACGCCCCAGUGUUUAGCCAGGCCAUUUAUAAAGCCAGUCUGCCUGAAAACUCUCCUCUCGACACUGUAGUCGUUAAAGUCAGUGCUGUUGAUGCAGAUGAAGGCGUGAAUGGUGACGUCACGUAUGACUUUGGUCAUGUUUCAGUAACAGAUGAAAAACUGUUUUCUAUUGACAGUAAAACGGGAGAAAUAAGAGUAGUUGGCACCACGGAUUACGAGAAGAAAAAUUCAUUUGAACUGCGCGUCAUGGCAAAAGAUGGUCUGGGAUUAAGUUCUUACGCAAAUGUUUUCAUAGACCUUUCUGACGUGAACGAUAACGCCCCGGUAAUAUUUUUAAAAUCACUGACUAAUCCCAUACCUGAGAAUGUGUCACCUGGUACAGAGGUGGGCAUCAUUAACGUGCAGGACAGAGACUCUGAGAAUAACAGACAGGUCCGCUGCUCCAUUCAGCAAAACGUCCCUUUUAAGUUGGUUCCUUCUAUUAAAAACUAUUAUUCUCUG